UGAAAACUUAAUUAGAAGUACAAAAAAUUAUGAUGUGGUUUGUCGUUCAUUUUUUUAAUGAUGAAUCAGUGGAAGCAGUCCCUGAUACGUGGCUAAAAAAAAAUACAUGUGCAUGGCCAAAAGAUAAAAAACAUAUUAAAAGAUGCAUUGAAAAAAGAGUUAUUCCUAACCAGCUAGAAUUUUCAUGGUUACCUGCACGAAAACUUGGAAAUGCCUAUAGUAGUUUGGAAUCAGCUCGUGCUAAAUGCAAAUUAGCUCAAUAUCUAUCUGACUUAUCAGCCACUGAAGAAAUCCAUAUUACCAAAAGUAAAGAAAAUCGUAAAUCCAAGAGAAUCGCAAGUCCUCCUAUGUUGAAAACUACAGGUUUAAAUAAAAAAUUUAAGAUGCUUAUAUCAAAUAAUACAAGUGGGGAAUCUGAUGAAGAAAUAAUGUAUGAUUCUGAUAAAGAUCCAGAAUAUGUUUUAACCACCCCCCGUGUUAAAGAAAACUGUGAUAAAUUAAUACUAUCAAGUCCACUUUUAGUAGCAAACACAUCAGUUGAUGUUAAUAAAUCUGUUUCCUAUGUUCAGUCUCCAAUUGGAAAAAUAAUGAUCGAAAAUAUAGAUAAUAAUUUAUGCUAUGUUAAAGAAAAAAACUUGAGUGGAAGCCCUAUUAAACUNAUUUAUAGUGUGUUCAUAAAGUUGUUCAACGCUUUCAGUGCCACCGAAAGCUUUUAUUUCAACAGAUUAAAUGUUAAGGUGGUACUGAUCGCAUUUUCCAAAAAUGUAAAAAAAAAAGGUCUGGUUACUAAACCAAUGAUAUUCUCUGAAAUGAAUAGUAGGGCUCAAGUUGACCUCAUUGACAUGCAGUCACAAGCAGACGGGGAAUAUCGUUUUAUUAUGGUCUACCAAGAUCAUGUUACAAAGUUUGUUCAAAUAAGAGCAUUAAAAACAAAACGAGCUGAAGAGGUUGCGAAACAUAUCAUAGACAUAUUUUGUAUUUUUGGUGCUCCAAUGAUACUGCAAUCUGAUAAUGGAAGAGAAUUCGUAAAUCAAAUAAUUAAUGAUUUAAAAUGUAUGUGGAAUAAUUUGAAAAUAGUUCACGGCAAGCCCCGACACAGCCAAUCACAAGGUAGUGUUGAAAGGGCAAACCAGGAUAUUCAAAAUAUUUUAACUACAUGGAUGCAAACAAAUAAUUCAAAAUCUUGGUCCGAGGGUUUGAGGUUCGUACAAUUAAUGAAGAAUAGAGCAUUUCACAGUGGGAUAAAAAGGUCGCCAUAUCAAGCGAUGUUUGGUAGUGAUAUCAAAAUUAGAUUAUCGACGUCUAUUCUUCCACCAGAAACUAUCAACAAUAUAUCAUCAGAAGAAGAUUUAGAAAAUGUAUUGCAAAAUAUUGGAGGAAAAUGUGAAGAAAGCAAUUCUGCAGAUGCUAAUCAGGUAAAUAGAAAAAAUAAUAAAGAAAGUAUGGUUAAGACUCAAAGAGACCUUAGUAUAAAAGCAUUACAACAUCAAGCUGAAAAAAUGAAGUUCAGGUCAAUUAAUAAGUUUCCACCUGCCAGCAUCGGUGAUACGGUUCGAGUCACCAUACCAGACGUGGAUAGAGGUAGAGGAGAUCCGCGAAAUAUUCUGUUUGCAGUAGUAUCAAUAAAAGAUGGAGAAUACUAUGAACUAGGUAAUAAAGAAGGAACGAUAGAACAACAUUACUCUAGGUCUCAAUUUGAUAGCUGCUCGCGACAACUAUCAAGUCCACUUUUAGUAGCAAACACAUCAGUUGAUGUUAAUAAAUCUGUUUCCUAUGUUCAGUCUCCAAUUGGAAAAAUAAUGAUCGAAAAUAUAGAUAAUAAUUUAUGCUAUGUUAAAGAAAAAAACUUGAGUGGAAGCCCUAUUAAACAUAUGAGCAAUGAAACUAAUAUGUCAAAUUCAGUUUAUGACACAUCAGUUUCUUAUAUUCAGUCUCCUAUUGGUAAAGUGAGAGUUGAAAAUAUCAAAUCUGUUUCUGAACCACGGUUUUAUAAAAAUAACAAUGAAUCGACUGCUAAAAGAUCAUUGAACUUUGAACCCGUGUCAACUAAGGAAAUAGGAUUCACGACAAUUGAGCGAAGACUAUUGAGCGCACGACAAUUUAGCGCUGCGAAAAUUAAGCGCUAA